AUGAUUUUUAAUGGAGCAGUUCAUUUGGCUGAGGAAUAUGGAGAUCUAAUGAGAAGAGAAUCUAAUAUAGUUAUUGAAAAGGCUUCCAAAUGGUCUCACCCUCCUGUUGGUAAGUUUAAACUCAAUGUAGAUGCUGCUUAUAUUCCUGAUAUGGGUGUGGGUGGAAUUGGUGCUGUCAUUAGAAAUGAGAAAGGGGAAGUGAUGGUGGCUACGGCCCUUCCCCUUCACACUGCCACCUCCCCCAAACAUGCCGAGAUCAUGGCACUUCAAUUCGGGUUGAACUUUGCUUGGGAUGCAGGCUUCUCUUCUAUCCUGGUUGAGUCUGAUUCACAAGCAGUGGUUAACAAUUUAAAUACUGAUGAGGAGUCUUUCGCACCAAAAGGGCAUCUCAUUGAUGAUAUCAAGAGGAGUUUGCAACAGUUAGAGAAUGGUAGAAGGGUUCCCCUCUGGCUGGAGUCGUUCCUUAUUGAUGAUACAGUUGUAUCCUCUUAA